AUGAUAGAUGUCAAGAGGCAGCCUUGGAAACCAGAAGAAGAUUCAUUCCUUAGAAAUUUAGUUACAGAGACGGCAAAUCCAAACUGGAAAGACAUCUCUCGAAGAGUUUCUGAAAAAUUUACACAGCGAUCGUCCAAACAAUGUAGAGAUAGAUACAACAACUACUUAGAUCCUAAAAUAGAUACAUCAUCUAAUGUUUGGAGUCCAGAAGACGACUAUGUUCUUGCGAAAAUGGUUUUAACUUAUGGAAAUAAGUGGACAGCAAUUGCGAAGCUGAUGCCAGGCAAGUCUGAAAACAUGGUCAAAAACAGAUGGAAUAGCUCACUUAGCAAGCGCGCGCAUUAUGUCGGAAACAUGAUAAUAAUUGACGAACAUAAAGGGCCUGGUAGGACUCCUAAGUACCCACAACAUGAAGAGCCCCGCCAAUGCUACUCUGUUCCAUUGUUUCCACAAAGUAUUUCUCAAUUUUCAUCAGGAAAUAAUACAAUUAUUACACAUCAACCGAUUGAUACUUCUUGGCGUAAUGUCAAAGGUGUACAAAGCUUUAUGCCACCAAACUUUCCACGUUUUCAUCAACCAGAUCAAGCGACAUCUCAAUCUCCUGAAAUUCCGAAUCCUACUCAACCAAAUCCAGAACAGUCUGCGAAACCUGAACAAAGUGAUCCGAAUGCUCCUAAAUACUCAGUGCAGAGUUUUCUCAAUUCUGCAAAAGAAACAAAUUAA